AGUAAGCUUGGGCUUCCCUUGUUAUGUUCUUCAGUUCUUACUUCUAGUUGUUCUCUUGUUACUGUGUUUUGAGCAUUCCCUUUUUAGUCUUUACUUCUUGGGAUGCUAUUUAUGAGUUGAAGCCCCUCGCUUUUUUGCCAUGUGAGUUUGUUGAUAGAGAAUAUUGGUUUAUCUGAGAUUAUAUUUUGGGAUAAUAGAUUGAGGGUUGCUUUUGCCUGAAGAUCUAGAGGGAUAAUAGAUUUGGAAUUGAAUAUACAUGUUUUUUUGUAUGAUUUGAUCUGCAUAUUAAUUGAAAGGAACUUCUAAAGAAUUGGGCAUGAAGUAGGAUUUGAGGUGUAAUGGGGUUAUUGGUGUGAUCUGAGGUUGUUGUUUGGGAGAAGAAAUGGAAGGAAAUUUGUCACAGGGAGGUUUGAUGCAAGGUGGGGCUUCUUUUGGUGGUUUUGAUUUGCCCGGUUCGAUUCGGGUUCAUCACCAGGGACAGCAUCCUCAUACCAUGCAUCAACAACAUCAAAAUCUUCCGCGGCAAGGGUCCUCGGUUCAUGAGGGUUUUCCACUUACAAUGGGGAACUUACAGGGCUGUGAUCAAACCAUUUCGCUGACAGACUUUGCUAAGGGAGAAAGAAGCAAAAACUCGGCAAGCGAGGAAGAUGAGCCGAGCUUUAAUGAAGAAGGUGGUGAUGGUCACCAUGAAGCUGGUAGAGGGAAAAAGGGAUCGCCUUGGCAGCGAGUGAAGUGGACUGAUAAGAUGGUAAGGCUUCUCAUAACAGCUGUUUCUUACAUAGGAGAGGAUGGAAGUUCGGACGGCGGUGGUGGAGGAAGAAGGAGAUUUGCCGUCCUACAGAAGAAAGGUAAGUGGAAGUCUGUUUCUAAGGUCAUGGCCGAAAGGGGUUAUCAUGUUUCUCCUCAGCAGUGUGAGGAUAAGUUUAAUGAUCUUAAUAAAAGGUAUAAGAAGCUUAAUGAUAUGCUUGGAAGGGGCACUUCUUGUCAGGUUGUUGAGAAUCCCACACUUUUGGAUGUAAUAGAUUAUCUUUCUGAGAAGGAAAAGGAUGAUGUUCGGAAAAUAUUAAGCUCGAAACACCUCUUCUAUGAAGAGAUGUGUUCUUACCAUAAUGGUAAUAGGCUGCAUUUACCCCAUGAUCCUGCGCUGCAGCGUUCACUGCAGUUAGCACUUCGAAAUAGGGAUGAUCAUGAUAAUGAUGAUUUGAGAAAGUCCCAUCAUGAUGAUCAUGACGAAGAUGAUCAAGAUGCCGAAUUCGAUGAUCAUGAUGACUUCGAAGAGAACUAUACUUCCCAUGGAGAUAGUAGAGGAGCAUACGGGUCUAUGAAGAAAUUGAAACAAGGACACUGCCAAGAAGAUUCUACUAGUUUUGGUAACUCUUUAAAUUGUCAGCACUACAGCAAAAGUUCUUAUCCCCAUGGACAGAUGGUCCAAUCCGAUGUGAAUCAAGGUUUACCCGAAAGCGUGCGAACAGCUUGGUUUCAAAAGCAAUGGUUUGAAUCUCGCUCGCUUCAGCUUGAGGAACAAAAGCUACAGAUACAGGUUGAGAUGUUGGAACUAGAGAAACAGAGAUUAAAGUGGCAGAGGUUUAGUAAGAAGAAGGACCGGGAGUUGGAGAAACUGAGUCUGGAAAAUGAAAGGAUGAAGCUUGAGAACGAACGCAUCGCUUUAGAACUGAAACGGAAGGAAAUCGGCGCUGGCUUUAACUAGGUCCACAGUCUUGCAACUUUUAUGGCAAUUGCAUUAUCUGUCUGUAUGGUGCUCCUCUUUUUUCCCCUCUUUCUUUCUUUUUUUUCCAUUACUGUCUUUCAGUAAGUUGUGGUUUAUUUGGUUGAAAGUAAUAGGGGUACUUUGGAAAAUCAUUAAUUGUCCUUCCUGCCUGUAGUGUUUAAAAUUGUUAAUUUGGAAACUUAGGUGGGCGUUGCACAAUGAUUAGGCUUUGCUAAGGUUUUGGUCCCUGUAUUUAAAUACUGGGUGAUUAGGGUAUGCUGAGAUUUUUUGUUCCCUGUAUUUAAAUACUAGGUGGCUGAAAUACCUGAAAUAUUUUAUGAUGUAAUAUCUAAGUUUUUUACUUUUUUUUCAAAUAUUAGAUAUUGUCUGUACUGACUUUUGUGUAACGGCUUUGUAUAUUAUUCAUCCUUUUUUCCCCAUAAAGAAACUUGAAACUAUUUCUGCUCUCCCUAUUGGGAAACUCUUUCUUGUUCAUUUAUGUGCUGCCCAAGAAUGUAAGAAUGUUUCUGUUUUGGAAAAAAGGAAUAAAAUGAGAGUAUUAAUUAUAA